AAUCACUUGUAUACUAGCACCAGGCUAGCUUCGUGGCCCUUUGAUUUUGUAAGUCGGGUUACCCAUAAGUCUUUGCAAAUGCGCAGUCAGGUAGAACCGCUGACACCUGGUCAUUCCCGGGUUGGCUGCCGUGUAACGAGACACGAUUUUGAGGGCAGCUCUUGUUUGCUGUACUGAGCGAUAUUGCAGCAUGCAUUGUGCAUGAACCAUGUUAUAAGUGGGCACGGAUAGCAGACCGUGCGUUUUGACUUGGUCAUACAUCAGUGAAGGUCCAGUUGGGAUAACCACCCCGAUGUUCAACACCACCACGGUUCCUAAGUUCCAGGACCACAGCCCUGAAGGAUUCCACGGUGGGGAUACUGGAGAGAAGUGAAGUCUACUCCGUGACAUCGGCGAUGAUUUGAAAUAAAAGCAGAUAUCCGAUCGAGAUAAGUGAUCGCGUGACUUGGAACACGAGUGAUAUGAUAGAUAUUAAGUGAUUGAUAUGUGAACAGUUGAAAAUAAGUUUUGGAGUGGCAACCAUGUUUAGAACUUAAAGAAAACUAUUAUAUACCGGUUCGUCUGUCUGUCAAAAAAGGUUUUUUUUUAUAUUCAUAGAUAGUAUUUUUUUCAUAUAAGUUUGUUAAAGUAGGGUUAUUAAUUACUGCAAAUUGAAUGAGUAUGGGGUGUGAGCGAGUAUGGGUGUGAAAGUGUUAUUGUAAAUAUAUUUCAUUUGUUCUUUUGUUAAUAAAUUUAUAAACCUGAAGUUGUCUUAACUGUUAUUUGGAGAACGCCUGGCUCAUCCACGUUACAAUUGGUGGCAGCGGUGGGAUGACGAUCAGUUCUUCUCCAAAUCAUUUAAGAUUGCUUCAAGGGUGAAGGUUUGCCAAUUCUAAAUAUCACUUGUAAUUUCAUUGAAUUGUUAGGUUUAGUCAAUAGUCACAAGUUGUUGCUGAUAUUAUCUUUGGAGGUGAGUAAAAGUAUGGUACACCCAUAAAUUAGUUAAAGGUGGGUAUCUUAGAUUAAAGAUAAAAGUGAAAGUAUAUAGACAAAGAGAGCUGUAGAUAUUCAGGUAUACAGGUUCAUUACAGUACUUACCGCCAUGUCUACUAUAGCAGAAAUGAAGGAUCUCCUCGACUUGGGUGCUCAGAUGGGACUGAAAGAUGAAGACUUGAAGACAUUCGUCCGCGAGGAGCAAGCUAGAAUGCGUGAUGACAGAGAAAAAGAACGAUCUGAAAGACAAGCUGAAAAGGAUCGUGAAUUCCAGUUACAAUUAGAAAAAGAGCGCAGUGAAAGAGAGCGUGAAGAACGACAACAUCAGUUAGAACUAGAAGAGAAAAGAGAACUUCAUGCUGUGUCCGAGCAUAAACGUAAAAUGCAGGAAAUCGAAGUGGACCAUCAAUUCCAAGCACUUGCGUCAGAACGAUCUCACAGAGUUGCGUUGGAAUCUACACAUGUGACAGAAAAUCAUCAACCUGUGAAAGGCCCGAAACUUCCAGCAUUUGAUGAAUCUAAAGACAAUAUUGACGCUUACAUCCAACGUUUUGAAAGAUAUGCAAGAGCUCAGAACUGGAACGUCGGUAACUGGGGAUCUCACCUUAGUGCUCUCCUAACAGGAAAAGCGUUAGAUGUGUUCGCAAGACUUCCACCUGCGAGUGCACUCAAUUAUGAGGAACUCAAAGAAGCUUUGUACAAACGUUUUGAAAUGACUGAAGAUGGAUUCAGAAAGAAAUUCAGAACAUCCAAACCAGAUGGAAGCGAAACAUUUUCCCAAUUUUCAUCACGGAUUGACAAUUACCUUGGUCGGUGGAUCGAACUCUCUAAAAUUGAGAAAACAUUUGAUGGAUUAAAGGAUCUGUUUCUCCGAGAGCAGUUCAUUCUGUGUUGUUCAAAGGAACUUUCAUUAUUUCUUAAGGAAAGGAUUCCCGCAACUGUUCAAGAAAUGGCACGUUAUGCAGAUCAAUUCGCAGAAGCAAGGGCAACAACGUCUUCGUUCGUAACCCAGAAACCUGUGGGAUUCGACAGAAAGCAGCAGUUUAAUUGUCAGCAACAAUCUAGAAGUCAAGGGACACCAGGGAGUCAAAGGGGACAAUGCUAUGUGUGUGGUAGAUACGGACAUAAAGCUGUCGAAUGUACAUCCGGAACCUACACACCAAACAGACAAUCAAGUGAUAUUCACAAGGGAAAAGAUGAAUCGAAACAAGUUCGUUUUUGUGAUGACAAUCGUAACUCAAACCAUUAUAACAACAGGAACAGAGUUCCAAGUCCUAUGAGAUAUUCACCUUCCUUUCGUGAUCGCGAUAGAAACUAUGGAAAUCAGUGGCAGGGAAGGAAUCGUCAAGGAUCAUCAGUUGUUGAAGCACAGAAGCAUGUGUCACACGUCAAUGACUGUAAGAUAAUCCCAGAGACUGUUAUGCCGAUAGUCAAGGGUUGUGUUGGUGACAAAAUUGUGAACGUACUCAGAGACACUGGUUGUGGUGGAGUAGUGAUAAGGAAAAACCUUGUGAAACCAGAACAGAUGACAGGCCAAAUUCAGAAGUGUGUUUUGGCAGAUGGUAGUGUGGUCGAUGCUGAUGUGGCAGAAAUAGAAGUGGAUUCACCGUACUACUCCGGAACUGUUGUCGCUUGGUGUUUCGAAAACCCAUCGUAUGAUUUGAUUUUGGGCAAUAUCGAGGGCGUCAGAAGAGCAGAUGACCCAGACACAUCGUGGAUAUUGGCUAACGGAUCGACUACAGCAGUGCAAACUCGUAGCCAGUCGAAGAAACAGAGCCAGUCUUAUAAACUUUUGCGAGUUCCAAGUGCAUUGGCAGAUGUAUCUCCAGAGGAAUUUAUCAAAGAACAACAAACAGACACAACUCUGGAUAAAUUCAGAACUCUAGCCAAAAAACAGCCAGUGAAAACAUAUAGUGAUGGAGGAUCAACCAAAAUAUAUGAGCGGAACAACUUGUUAUACAGAGAGUUUAGCAGUCUAAAAGUUUCGAAUGGAAAAUUGUUUCAUCAGUUGAUCGUACCGAAGAAAUACCGACACUUUGUAAUGAAACUUGCGCACGAAACACUGAUGGCUGGACAUCUAGGGGUGAAGAAAACUAUCGACAGAGUUACAUCAGAGUUUUAUUGGCCUGGAGUUCAAGCGGAUAUUCGACGAUUCAUCAGUUCCUGUGAUAUCUGUCAACGAACAACCCCAAAAGGCAAAAUUCCUCCUGUUCCACUAGGUCGUAUGCCUCUAAUUUCAGAACCAUUUCACCGAGUUGCCGCAGAUAUUGUGGGACCGCUAGAACCAAGAACGACAAAAGGCAAUAAGUACAUCUUGACGAUUAUCGACUUUGCAACACGCUAUCCUGAAGCAGUUGCAUUGUCUGGCAUAGAGACUGAACGAGUAGCAGAAGCUUUAGUUGACGUAUUCAGUCGUGUUGGAGUACCUAGAGAAAUCUUAACAGACCAGGGAACACAGUUUACAUCAGAUGUAAUGAAAGAAGUCAGCAGGCUACUGUCAUUGAAACGAAUCACGACAACUCCCUACCACCCUAUGUGUAAUGGUCUGGUGGAAAAAUUCAACGGCACUCUUAAACUAAUGCUUAAAAGGAUGUGCGCCGAAAGACCCAAAGACUGGGACAAAUAUCUGAACGCUUUACUGUUCGCAUAUAGAGAGGUACCGCAAGAAAGCUUGGGUUUCUCACCCUUUGAACUUCUAUAUGGACAUUCAGUGCGUGGUCCCAUGAAAAUUCUGAAGGAAUUAUGGACAAAAGAAAUACCUGAUGAAGAUGUGAAAUCAACAUACCAGUAUGUGAUUGACCUCCGAGAAAAGUUAGAAGAAACAUGCAAGAUUGCACAUGAACAGUUAGAAAAAGCACAAAAGAAACAGAGACACUAUUACAACAGAAAGACAAAGGUCAGACAGAUGAAAGUUGGUGACAAAGUUCUGAUCCUUUUGCCAACUAAGUCAAACAAGCUAUUGAUGCAGUGGAAAGGACCAUAUGAUAUCGUUGAGAAGUUGGGAAAUAUGGACUACAAAGUUAACGUUGACGGUAAACUGAAGACUCUCCAUGCAAACUUACUGAAGAAAUAUGUUGAGAGAGAUGAUGAGUGUCGUGGCGUCUUAACUGCAUGUGCUGUAUCUGUUAUUGACUGUGACGAUGAAGACACCGAUGAAAAUCAAGAGUCCAUUGUGUUACCUCCUGCAUUUCAGACGGAAACCUACAACGACAUUAAGAUCUCAGAGCAGAUUACUCAAGUUCAGCUUGAAACAGUAAAGACUCUGUGUGAAUCAUUCAGUGAUGUUCUGACAGAUCUACCCGGAGCAACAAAUUUGGUGGAACACAAGAUUGACGUGACAACAACUGAGCCAGUUAGAGUAAAGCAGUACCCUUUACCGUUCCAUACAGAAAAGACAAUAAAAGAGGAAGUGGAAAAAAUGCUCCAGUUGAAGGUCAUAGAGCCAUCAUCUUCACCUUAUUGCGCACCAGUAGUCAUAGCUAGAAAAAAAGAUGGCACGAACAGAUUUUGUGUGGAUUUUAGGAAACUCAACAGCAUAACUGUCUUUGACUCAGAACCGAUGCCGAAUCCCGAAAGUAUAUUUGCAAAGAUGUCAGGGAAGAAAUACGUGUCGAAAAUUGAUCUUAGCAAAGGAUACUGGCAGGUGCCAAUGGAGAGACAAAGUAAACAGCUCACGGCAUUCACAACACCAGUCGGUUUAUUCCAGUUUACAACCAUGCCGUUUGGGUUAGUAAAUGCCCCAGCAACAUUCAGCAGACUUAUGAGAAAGCUACUUCAAGACAUGGAUGACGUAGACAACUUCAUUGAUGAUAUUAUGGUGUUCACCGACACUUGGGAACAACAUCUUGAUGUACUACGUGAACUGUUUGCUCGUCUACGGAGAGCAGGACUAACAGCUAGACCAUCCAAAUGUUUUAUUGCUUACCCAGAACUGGAUUGCCUUGGACACGUCAUUGGUCAACAGCGAUUACAACCUGAAGUGGAGAAAAUCGAGUCUCUCAAAAAUUCACCAAUUCCCCAAACAAAGAAGCAAGUCCGUUCAUUCUUGGGAUUAGCUGGAUUUUACAGAAAGUUCAUACCGAACUUUUCUGCCAUAGCAAUUCCAUUGUCAGAUCUUACCAAGAAAGGACAGCCUAAUAAAGUGAAGUGGAGUGAUAGUGCACAGCUGGCAUUUGACACGCUUAAGCAACUAUUGUGUGCGAGACCAAUCCUCAAAUUACCAGAUUUUAAGGAGAAAUUCAUUUUGCGCACCGAUGCAUCAGAAGAUGGGAUUGGCGCGGUGUUACUGCAAACUGAGAAUGAGGAAAAAUUACCGGUAGCGUAUGCUAGUCGGAAACUUAAGAACAGUGAGAAGUCUUACGCUGUAAUAGAGAAAGAAUGUUUAGCUGUGGUUUGGGGCAUACAAAAGUUUCACCAGUACUUGUAUGGGCAAGAAUUUAUCCUUGAAACAGAUCAUCAACCCCUAACCUACUUGAACAAGUCAAAAACGGAGAACUCUCGAUUGAUGAGAUGGGCGCUUCAACUUCAGCAGUAUCGUUUUCGAAUAGUGGCGAUAAAAGGGAGCGAAAACGUUGGGGCAGACUACUUGAGCCGCCAGUGAUGAAAUCCAGUAGACAAGAUAAGGUAUGUAUACCGGUCUAUUUGUAAAUAUGUUCAGAAUUUUUGUUGUUGUUAGGAUAUUACCGAUCUCAAGUGAUUGUACUAUAUUGAGAAAAUUGUAGACAAUUUUCUUCACAAGGGGGGAGGUGUGUAACAAUCACUUGUAUACUAGCACCAGGCUAGCUUCGUGGCCCUUUGAUUUUGUAAGUCGGGUUACCCAUAAGUCUUUGCAAAUGCGCAGUCAGGUAGAACCGCUGACACCUGGUCAUUCCCGGGUUGGCUGCCGUGUAACGAGACACGAUUUUGAGGGCAGCUCUUGUUUGCUGUACUGAGCGAUAUUGCAGCAUGCAUUGUGCAUGAACCAUGUUAUAAGUGGGCACGGAUAGCAGACCGUGCGUUUUGACUUGGUCAUACAUCAGUGAAGGUCCAGUUGGGAUAACCACCCCGAUGUUCAACACCACCACGGUUCCUAAGUUCCAGGACCACAGCCCUGAAGGAUUCCACGGUGGGGAUACUGGAGAGAAGUGAAGUCUACUCCGUGACAUCGGCGAUGAUUUGAAAUAAAAGCAGAUAUCCGAUCGAGAUAAGUGAUCGCGUGACUUGGAACACGAGUGAUAUGAUAGAUAUUAAGUGAUUGAUAUGUGAACAGUUGAAAAUAAGUUUUGGAGUGGCAACCAUGUUUAGAACUUAAAGAAAACUAUUAUAUACCGGUUCGUCUGUCUGUCAAAAAAGGUUUUUUUUUAUAUUCAUAGAUAGUAUUUUUUUCAUAUAAGUUUGUUAAAGUAGGGUUAUUAAUUACUGCAAAUUGAAUGAGUAUGGGGUGUGAGCGAGUAUGGGUGUGAAAGUGUUAUUGUAAAUAUAUUUCAUUUGUUCUUUUGUUAAUAAAUUUAUAAACCUGAAGUUGUCUUAACUGUUAUUUGGAGAACGCCUGGCUCAUCCAC